GCUCAAACGACAGGAAAGAAGCAGCGGACACUAGCGGCUGUUCGGUCACAGUUUCUGACGGACGUUUUAUGGUGUUACACCACAUACCGGUACGUGCCAUUUUCGUUUGUUAAAAAUGAACACAAUGCUACCCAGCAGCUAACAAAAUGAGUUUGUUUUUGGCCAAAUUGUCAUGCAAAAGGGACAUAGACGAGGUAAUAAAAACGGUCGCCGAAAAGGUUUUAGUUCUUCGGUUUGGAAGAGAUGAAGACUCGGUCUGCCUGCAGCUUGACGAGAUUCUGUCCAAAACCUCCCACGACCUGAGUAACAUGGCGUCUAUCUACAUCGUGGAUGUGGACUCGGCUCCCGUCUACACGAGAUACUUCGACAUCAGCUACAUCCCGUCUACCGUCUUCUUCUUCAACGGACAACACAUGAAGGUUGAUUAUGGGUCUCCAGAUCACACCAAGUUUGUGGGCAGUUUUAAGACCAAGCAGGACUUCCUGGAUCUGAUCGAGGUGAUCUACAGAGGAGCUAUGAGGGGGAAGAUGAUCGUCAAGAGUCCCAUCGACCCUCAGAACAUCCCCAAGUACGACCUGCUCUACCAUGGGAUCUAAUCCCAUCACGGCCUGCUCAACCAUGGGAUCUAGAUUUCACCACGAUUCCCCACCCUUCAGCGCGGUUUCAAGCACCCUGGCUGUAGAUCUUGUCUGGGGGGCCUUCAGCACGGUUUGAGCACUCAAGCUGCAGAUGGGGCGGCAGGGUAGCCUAGUGGUUAGAGCAUUGGACUAGUAACCGAAAGGUUGCAAGUUCAAAUCCCCGAGCUGACAAGGUACAAAAUCUGUCAUUCUGCCCCUGAACAGGCAGAAUCAUUGAAAAUAAGAAUUUGUUCUUAACUGACUUGCCUAGUAAAAUAAAAAUAAAAAAUUUGUCUGGGGGGCCUUCAGCACGGUUUAAGCGCUCAAGCUGCCGACAAUUCAUGGGAAAAGAAAAUGUCUACCCAGCACAGAACGGAUUGGCCCAGCACAGAACGGAUUGGCCCAGCCUGGACAAUUGUGGUAUUGAGGUUAUCAAGUGACACCACUGCAACUGGCACCAUCUCACUUCACCAUUCUGAUGUGGUGUUUAGUGAAACUCUCCAUAAUGUGCGGUUUGAUAUUUCCUAGGUAAAUAGAACUCUAUAAGAGACACAGGUACAUGUCAGAGUGGACAAUCCUUUAUUUCAUACAAUGAAGACUCGUUGACAGCUGGACAUUUCUUGUUGCCUCUUGUUUAUAGUGGGAAUGCUGAAUCUAAUGUAUGUUUGGUGACACGGUCUGACCCCUUUUGAAAUGUGUUAAUAAAUGUGUCACUUCAAAUAA